AUGGCCUUCAAACAACUGCCAUGGCUGAAAGCUUACAUAGAAUUCAACACAGAAAAAAGAAAGGCUGCCAAAAACGAUUUUGAAAAAUACUUUUUUAAACUGAUGAACAAUUCAGUUUUUGGGAAAACCAUAGAAAACUUGAGGAAGAGAGUGGAUGUGAAGCUUAUUAACAACAAGAAGAGAGCAUGCAAAUUGGUGGCCAAACCCAACUUCCAUGCCUUCCGCAUCUUUAAUGAAGAUUUGGUGGCUGAUCACCUGUUAAAACAUAGGCUGUAUUUGAACAGACCAAUCUACGUUGGAUUCGCCAUUCUAGAUGUGUCCAAAAUAUUGAUGUACAACUUCCAUUAUAACUACAUCAAAGUGAAAUAUGAAUCAAAAGCCCAACUCCUCUUCACUGACAACGAUUCAUUGUGCUGCAACAUCCAAACAAAAAACAUCUACCAAGAUAUGAUGGAAGAACGACACCUAUUUGACACCUCUGACUAUGACACUAGCCAUCCACUUUACAGUACCACACACAAGAAGGUCCUAGGUAAAAUUAAAGACGAAAUGCAUGGCAUUCCUAUUCACGAAUUUGUUGGUCUGAAGUCAAAAAUGUAUUCUCUUGUCUACCAAGAGAAGAGCAAAAUGAUGGAGAAGAAAACAGCCAAAGGAAUAAAGAAAAGUCUCAUUAAAAAUCACACUAGGCACCAACACUAUAAACAGUGUCUCUUUGAUAAGGAGAUCCACAUGUCUCACAUGACACAUACCAGGAGCUAUGACCACCAACUGUACAACAUCCAACUCAACAAACUAGGACUCUCCCCCUUUGAUGACAAGAGGUAUCUCCUUGAGGAUGGUGUUACCAGUCUCAGUUAUGGUCAAUGGAGAAUUACCCAGAAAGCUUUGCAAUAA